UGGCAAUUCAAUCGCGACCCUGCAUUCUGAGCUUCGUGUCCAACAGAUCGUCACUUCAUUGAACUUUCACAAAAGCACUAUGUCGUUCAAAUUCGGGCUGAACGUCAAGAGCAAGACCAACAAUCCGCUUAGCAAACCAGCUCCCAAAAAGAAGAAACCCCUCCUAGGUGGCGAUGACGACGAUGAUGUGAAGGAAAAGCCAGGCGCGUCCAAUGGCGCCGAAGCAAUCGGAGAAUUCAAUUUCGACGAGACCUCACUCAACAAUGCUGAGCCUGUCAAGGUCAAACAGAAGCCUCGAGGACAACCUCCCGGACCGCCUACGCGAAAGCUUCAAGCGAAACAAGACGAUCCCUCCGCACUCGUCAACUCGGCUAGUGCUCGAGAUUCCGAAAGAAGGGCACAGGAAGCGCUCGAGAUUGACUCCGCAAUCUACGACUACGAUGCUGCAUUUGAAGCGCUGAACGCGCGCAAAUUGGCGAAGAAAGCAGCUGAGGAAGAAGAAAAACAGCAGGCAAAGCCAAAGUACAUGGAAAAUCUAUUCGAGUCGGCCGAGCAGCGCAACAAGGAUCGAUUGCAGGCACGCGAUAAGAUGCUCAAGCUCGAGCGCGAAGCUGAGGGGGAGCAGUUCGCCGAUAAGGAGAAAUUUGUGACGGGCGCAUACAAGGAACAGCAGGAGGAGAUCCGCAAGGCGGAGGAGGAGGAAAAGAAACGGCAAGAAUUAGAAGAUGAGAAUCGUCGAAAGUUUGGCAUGACUGGGUUUCACAAACGAAUGCUGCUUGAGGAGGAAAAGAGGCAUCAAGAAGCUGAAGAGGCCAUGAGAGAAGCUGCACAAAUGAUCAAGGAGGGGAAGACGGUGACUACGGAUGAGCCGAAGGAGAAGACUGAUGAGCAAUUGGCCCGGGAGUUGAACGCCCAAGGACAAAAUGUCAUACUCAACGAUGAAGGGCAAGUGGUGGACAAGAGACAAUUAUUGAAGGCUGGCCUGAACGUGGUUGCGAAACCAAAGACCGCUGCCCAACAGGCGGCGACAGCACCAACGCGAGGCCCUCAACCGGUAUACCAAGGUCGUAAUGCUGCUCGACAGGCAACUAGAGGACGACAGACGGCCAUGGUAGCCGAGCAAAUCGCUCAGGCAGCCAAGCGCAAGGCAGACGAAGAAGCCGAAGAAGAAAGGAAGCUCCAGCAUGCUGCCAAGAGCCAGAAGACCGCCAGCGACAUAAGUAGCGCCAAAGAACGCUACCUGCAGAGGAAGAGAGAAGCGGCAGAAGCAAAGGCGGCCGCGGCAGCUGGUAAAUAGGCGGCAGGAAGUGUCAAUUUGAUCUCCUGGCUACGGGUAUCCCCCCAAUACGCUAAAUCGACAAAUGCAGAUGGGUAUAAGUAUAACGCCUUCUCCUCAGCAUCCAACAGCGACAUUCAAGACCUCGGAACUGGCCGAGCCCAGAUCAUGGACUUUCCGCUCCUCCCGCGUCCCAUAUACGAUCGAUCCAGG